AUGAACUCAACGAAGGCAUCCACCGAGGAAGCGGCUGCAACUGCUGUCACAACACACGCGGUCGGGGAAAGGAAAGAAACUGAAGCCGAGCUUGAGGCCUGGUGGCAGGAAUUUUUGGCCAAAAAGAAGCUCGAGGAUGCUCAUGAUGAGGAUGCCAAAGCGGCAUGGGAAACAUGUGCCCAGCGCAAACUAAAGUUCAUCCGUGAGGUGCGUCUCCUCACCGAUCUUUAUGAACCGAUUGGGAAACAAGUCCAGACAAUCCUCAGCGCCGAUCAUGACCAUCGGGGCGAGAGGCUCUACCGUGAAUGGUGUAAGUGUGUCAGCGACCUCUCUUUUAGUCCAUUGCUUCUUUUUACCUAUUCCUUCUAAUUUACUCAGCCAACUACGCUGCUCACGUUGGAAUGAGUAACAACUCAUGUUUGGCGCAAGUUUCUCAUGUGGCAUUGGUUUUGAAAGACCUCGGUCUGUCGCAGGCGACUGUGUCGUUGAACCUCUUUUUCUUAUCUAACAGAAUAUCCUGCAAUUACUAGAGAGAAAUCCUUGAAACAAUGAAAGACAUGCCGAACAAACUGACCUCAACCCUGCCGUGUCGCUGGAACCCUGGAAGCACCAAGAGUUCUAGUUCUAGACGCUUGGCGCAAACACAUUGGUGUGCUACCGCAUCUGAGGCUUUUACGACCGCCUGGGAGAAGUGGGCUUCACAACAAGCUCAAAUACGAAAAGACCGUUCCUUACUACCAGUAAUUUCGUAUGAAGGAAGUCUGUGUGACCUCGUUCAAACCAUGCCUGCAAACGCUGAGCCUCCCGACGUAUUGAAUUAGCCACUACCGCACAAUUGCAUCGUCCGAUGCAUAUGAAAACGUGACUAGAGACCACCGCAUGAGUCCCAAAUCUUCGCAGCCACUUCCGUAGGUCAGGGGGGUCUCGGAAUCUGUCAACCGUCUCUUCACGCCAUUCGCAUCUGGGGUUGCACACGGGCCGGGCGCAGUCAUCGGCACCAAGUAAUGGGGCGGUGAAAACUGCCUACCACGACGGAAUUUUUCGUGAGUUCUUUGCAGGAUCCGAUUCAGUUUCGGACACAGAAAUUCCGCCGCAGAAACUGGAAGACCUCCGUGGAAACGGGUGUCCGAGCAUGUGGCAGCAGUGAAGAGGAGUGACUGACCUCCAAAUCACGACCCGUUUGGUGGAACCUGGCCACACCUCUAACUUCGCCGAAACCGACAUUCUUACGUGGGAUGACGACCACGUGAACUGUGGGCUGCUUCGGCAAUGGUUCUCCGAUCCGCAAUCCGUCGAAGAUAUAUUAGCCUCCUUCGACAUCCGCCCCUCACACUCUGCUAGCCAGAGUUUAGUCACCCAGGGAGCCCAGAAGCAAACGCCAACAAUAAGUACUGAUGGUCAACGUGCGGCAUGUCUUGAUUCAGAUGCGGGUGCUAAAAUAAUCAUUGCGCCAAAUAUGGACAUCUGCGGUGAAUGGAGGAGUUGCUACUUUUGAUAAGUACGUGGUUGCAUAGCAGUUACACCCAGUAAAUACAACAACCGCUUGUGCUUCCUUGAUGGUUGGUUCUAACUGGAACCUGAAACGCAAGACGAAUAAAAUGUCUAUUCCAGCGAUCGAGUCCACUUAUCUUCAAGUCUGCUCGGCUUUUUAUUUCCUCUUUGACGAAGUACUUUAAAGCGUUUUCAGAGGUACCGCAACGGGGAACUCUACCCGCUCAUUAACAACCCGACAUGCCCGUAUGUGAUCUUACCACCUCUUCCAAUGCGGACCCGAUUUGACCCUCUCUAUUCAAACACAUAAUUCCUUUGGUCAUUUCACAUGGACCACUGCCAUACCAAACUUGUUUUACGCGCUUUUCAGAAGAAUUAGACACUUUGCCUCCUUUGGCCAGUAUUUCAUCAUCAGCUCCAGAUACAAAUGGAGCAAAAAUAUCGCCUAUCGUGCCGGUCUCCAUCAUCCAUGUGGUGUCUCUUUAAUGGUUAAGAGGUUCUUGGUGUUGUUCUGUGAGUUAGAAAAGUUGCCAAGCCGUCCUGACAGGUUUGGGUACGUUAACUGGUUUCAUGGCUAACUUUUCUGAUUUCUUGGGACAAAAUAUACCCGCAUUUAGAGAUGCGGACGCUUUUGUAUUUUUAUGAAGCGAAUCCCCUCACCCGUCGGAGAUUCCUCACGUGCCACAGGUCUUUUUUUCGAUUUCUCAUUGAUUUUAAGGCAAAAUUCGAAGGAAGGAAUGUCUCCUCGCGUACUACGACAAUCAGAUCUUCCGCGCCAUCUACUCAAACUAUCGAUUCCUCAGCAGUGCAACGAGUUUUCUUCAGGUAUCCAUCAUAAAAAUAAUUUGACAAAUAUUCUCAUUCCUGUUUAGUCCAUAAGGAUUUCGUGACUCUCGGCCAUGCCGGCCUGUAUGCAGUGUGAAUAUGCCUGCCUACUCAUUAUUAUUAAGUAACCAUCUUUACGAUCAGGCCCUCACCGAACGCAUCAUUCCGCAGCACCCCGAUGUCGAGGUGUAUCUUCGGGACCACGUGCGACGCGUCAUCAGUGUUGGCGUCGGGCCCGGUGCUGACAUUGCAGCAUUUGUGGCGUUUGCCCGAACUCGAGGAUUCACUAAUCGCCUCGUCUACUAUGCCAUUGAUCAGAGCGAUGGAUGGUCAACCUUUCUAAAUGCCUUUGAUCGCCAGUGGUCAAUGGUGCACAACGUCUCGAUCUGGUUUAAAAAUUGGCGCUUUGGCAAACGCGAUGACGUCUCCUGUCUCCCCGAUGCUGACAUGAUGGUCUUCAGUUUCUCCAACACCACCCUGAUGGACAAGGCUAUUUGGCCGCUUCUGCAAGAACGCUAUCGGUUUAUACUUGUCCUUGAUGGAAUGAAGGAUGUAAGUGCUUUUUAUGUCUUUAAGCACUACGCCGUUAAAGCCCAUGAAUUUGCAAAGAACUCAGCUAUUAGUGAACUGUACGUUUGACCUUUGUGCAAGAAUUUGAAAGUGAGUCUAAUACAAUGUUUUCUAGCAGAUGGGCAUUAGAGAUAACGCGAGAUUGUCGGUGUGUAGGCAUUCAUAAACUGACUUCACAUUUUCGCCUUCCCUGACUGAGCAAAGGCCUUGAUUAACUGAUCAUAUGAGAGGGAUUGUAAUUCUAGAAGGUCCCUUUACCCCUUGUUUCGAUGACUGGUUCAGCUUAUGUCACGUUGCCACGGCGACCUUUCACAUUUGAAAUCCUUGUCAGUGAGGCAGCGGAAGGAAACCUUGAAUUCGCCCAUGCUCGCCACAGUUACUGGAUGAGCCAAGCAGCCUUCUUGUCGUUUGCUUAGACGACCCAACACACAUCCCACAAUGGUAAAAGGUUGUUUGGUCAAAGUACCAGGCUCUGCCGGGGGGGGGGGGUUGUGUCUUGGGUGCCACAACCAUCAGGUUAACUCUCUGUUAGCAAGAAAAAAUAGAGGUCAAAAUGAGGGGAGUUUAUGUUGUACAGAGUCAUUUCUGGUCAGAUGUGGUUAUGUAGCCCCACCUGAAGUAAACAAGCCCCGACCACCUGUAAUACGGGACCGGUGGUAGUAGAGGUUUUUACAGGUGGGGCCGGGGAGCGCACAGGCGACCAGGUCAAGCACUUUUACGCAAAGAGGAGCUAUUAGGAAUGCGCGGUUGUACUCUGAGUGGUUGAGAAAUAGUUGCCCUAACCCCCAACUCUAACCUCUAUCCCUAACGGUAUUUUGUCCAUCACGUGAGGUUGCAUAACAACAUCUCACCCAAUUUCUUGCUGUCUCCGGCGUCAGUAAUCACUGGCGAGGUCAGAGCCUGUGCUAACGGUGUUAAAUCAUGCCUGAUGAUGAGUAGGAGUGUGGUUUUAGCUGCGUUUAUAUGCCUUUGAGGUCUGACGCGAGAAUAUGACCCCCAGCGCUACAGGUGGCCUCGCGCCGAAUUCCAGGGUAGUUCCUAUUCUAGCAUCCUAACCUUAGCACUUAACCUGACCCUUCCGGCCCUAACCCUCAAGCCAACCCUCGCAAACAAACCCCUCCCACAAGGCAACGGGCUCGUGGCCCGGCGAGUAGAGGCGUGGACUUCUAAACCAACCGGUCGCGGGUUCGAGGCUCGGGUGUUCCACACUUCGGGCUUGGGUAUGGCUGGCUGAUGACGGCUAAUAAGCCAGAACUGGCCAUUCCAGUCUCCCUUGUCUUUGUCGGUAAUGCCAUUCUGCCUAUGUAUCAUGCGCCGCUGUGCGGCUGCUGGUUGGGCUCGAGAGAGAGUCCUUAAGGCACAACGGAACGAGUGAGUUCUGUAUGAACGAUCGGUGAGCGCCCACUACCAUUGUAUAUUCCCGAUCGAAAACCGACAGGGCAACGGGCUCGUGGCCCGGUGAGUAGAGGCGUGGACUUCUAAACCAACAGGUCGCGAGUUCGAGGCUCGGGUGUUCCACACUUCGGGCUUGGGUAUGGCUGGCUGACGACGGCUAAUAAGCCAGAAAUGGCCAUUCCAGUCUCCCUUGUCUUUGUCGGUAAUGCCAAACCCCUCCUCCUCCUCCUCCUGGAAUUUAGGACAAGGCCACCAGUGCAUAUUCGCGCUUCCAACCGUUUCGGGAGUAGUGCCUUGUGUCUUAUGUCCAAGUGUUGUAUUUCCACAUGUGGCCACAUGAGUGUGCUUGUUUCACUCAUUUAGACUGUAGGGUCAGUGUACCCUAGGCCUUCUGCAGGUCAAGGACCUUUACACAGUGGGCUGUUGAGCGGCCGUGCCGGGCAUAGUAAGGAAGUCUGACAAAUCCAUCUCCAUGAAUCGUCAACAAUCGCUGGUGGUAUUUUAAAACUACCCAGUUGUCCGUUGUGUCUAAUAAAUGGCCUACACUGUUCACGAUGUGAUUGACGGGUUUAUCGCUGCCAAACUAGCCAAGAUUGAACUCUGGAGAGUACCCCUUUGUCGCCAUCUCAAUCUUGAUAAACAAGAAGCCAUUACUUCUUCAGCAGUCAAUCCAGGAGAAGUAUUACCCACCCUCAUGGCAGGGAACCGUUGUGGCAACCGCGGGGUUGCGUAACAAAAAGGUGCUCGAAUAAAGCCCAAUUUGUGUUGAAAUCUGUAAUCCUGGUGCCUCGCCUCUAUAACAUAAAUUAACCGGUAAACGGGGGAAGAGAUGAAACCUGAUCCGACCAAUUCGAGUACAAUUCAAUGUCUUAAGUGCCAUUUACGACGCCAAAGAGGUUUUUGUUUCUGCCUCAACUACCUCAACCUCCUCCUUUGAGAGUAUGUCUCAGAGUACGCUGAAGAAGCCUCACCUUCAUUAACUACAUUCUUUUCCCUUUGCCAGAUGGUAGUGACGAACUUUGGCUACGCGGGUUUCUCGGAUUUCAGGCUGUCCGAAAAGACGACUGUGUACUAUCACUUCGCGGGGUUACCCUCUACCUCCGCUCCAGAUCCUACGACGCCAACUGAGUCCCCACUGCCACCGGCGUCACCGAGCUCUGAGGCCAGGGCUGACACCACGAAAGAGUAG